CCAAGCUGAUUAGCCUGCUACUACCAGCAAAUGUUUGGAGGAUAUUUGUUGCUAGCUGAAGCCGAGUGGAUGAUACAAAUAGUGUAGAAAAAUGGCGGACGUCGAGGGGCAAGGAAUUUGUUCGGCGGUCCCUCCGUUGCCUCACCCUUCCUCUCGUAACGGCUCCGGUAGCGGUAACGUUACACCGGGCACCGGCGGCAGCUGCCAGACGGCAACCACCGUUACCUCAGGCCCACGGCUAGUUCGCAUAGUGAAGUCUGACUCGGGCUACGGUUUCAAUGUUCGGGGACAAGUUAGUGAAGGUGGGCAACUACGGAGCAUUAACGGUGAACUGUACGCUCCACUGCAGCAUGUUAGCGCCGUUCUACCGGGAGGUGCUGCCGACAGAGCCGGUAUCUCGAAGGGGGACAGGAUUCUUGAGGUUAAUGGUGUGAAUGUGGAGGGAGCGACCCACAAGCAGGUGGUGGACCUGAUCCGGGCCGGAGAGAGGGAGCUGGUGCUGGCCGUGCUGUCCGUACCGCCCCAGGAGGCUGACUGCCUGGAUCCUGGAGAUGACAUCUCAGCCCAGUCCUGCUAUGACUACUCCGACAAGCAGGCCGUCCCCAUUUCUGUGCCGAGCUACAAACACACCGAGCUCAGCCAGGAAAAGUUUGUGGUAUAUAAUGUGUACAUGGCAGGCAGGCAGCUGUGCUCGAAGCGCUACCGUGAAUUCGUGAUCCUACACCAAAACCUAAAGAGGGAGUUUGCCAACUUUACGUUUCCCAAGCUGCCUGGGAAAUGGCCUUUUUCCCUGUCAGAGCAGCAGCUGGAUGCACGACGCAGAGGUCUGGAAGAAUACCUAGAGAAAGUGUGCUCCGUACGGGUAAUCGGAGAAAGUGACAUCAUGCAAGAGUUCCUGUCUGAGUCAGAUGAGAACUAUAACGGGGUGUCAGACGUGGAGUUGAGAAUAGCCAUGCCCGAUAAAACCACACUCACUGUCAGAGUCCGCAAAAACUCCACUACAGACCAGGUCUACCAGGCCGUGGUUCUAAAGCUAGGGAUGGACAGUGUAACGGCCAGCUACUUUGCCCUGUUUGAGGUCAUCAACCACACCUUCGUACGUAAGCUUGCCCCCAACGAGUUCCCCCACAAACUGUAUGUACAGAACUAUACCUCAGCCAUCCCAGGAACCUGCCUCACCCUGCGCAAGUGGCUCUUCACUACAGAAGAGGAGAUUCUGCUCAAUGACAACCAGCUUGCUGUUAACUACUUCUUUCACCAGGCCGUGGAUGAUGUAAAGAAAGGCUUCAUCAAAGCAGAACAGAAGUCCUACCAGCUGCAGAAGCUGGCAGAGCAGAAGAAGAUGUCUAUGUAUCUGAGUUUGUUGAGGGGUUGCGAGGACUACAAUGAGAUCAUAUUCCCCCACUGUUCCUGCGACUCCCGACGUAAAGGCCACGUCAUCACAGCCAUCAGCAUUCACCACUUCAAGCUACAUGCCUGCACUGAGGAAGGGACACUUGAGAACCAGGUGAUUGCGUUCGACUGGGGGGAGAUGCAGAGGUGGGACACAGAUGAGGAGGGCAUGGCAUUCUGUUUUGAAUAUGCACGAGGAGAGAAGAAACCACGCUGGGUCAAGAUAUUCACACCCUAUUUCAACUACAUGCACGAGUGCUUUGAGAGAGUCUUCUGCGAGCUGAAAUGGAGGAAAGAGGUGGAAGACGAGGCUACAGACAAGGACAAUAAGAACUGCAGUAAAGAUGGUAUGUGUGGCAAGAAUAUUUUCCAGCUGCUGAGGCACAGAAGGGAUGGAGGCACCUAGGAAGGGAGAUCGUUACCUCUUAGCUGGACACCGUCAUCACCGACUCAGCUCAGUUCAGCCCCCAUCUAGCCCCAGACCCAGCAACACUCUGCUAUUAACCAAGUGGUCAUCAUUUACACCCCAUCAGCUACAACAUGAGAAGCUACCCCUGACACACGCAAACCAACGAGCAUCUGCAACUGAACAGAUUGAUUAAACAGAAACCUAAGCUACAGAAACAUGAACCAGAACUCUUGAAUCCAGCACAUCAUAUUCAUGCAUUAAGCAGAGCCCUGUCAAAAAGAGAUGAGGACUCUAUAGACUUAAAGUCAUGGAUUCAUGCAAGCCUUCUUCUUACUGGCAGGGACUUGAAGUGAAAUGUGACUAGUAUAUGGGAAGAGAGAGCUGAAGUGAAUAUAAGGAAAUAUCAGUGGACUAACAAGGGAAAAUGAAUGUGGAAGACAGAUAACACAUGCUGAGGGUUGACCGCAGGGAGCACUUAGCAUCUCAGUUUUAUGGAUCAGAGCAGCAGUGUCUUCUUUGUCUUUUUGGCCAGUUGUUAGCGUGCAAGCGUGUUUGUGCUAACUGUACAUGCAAGGGGGCCCCAGAAGGCAAGGGGGCCAACCCAAGUGAGGCCCCUAAGGUUGUAAGUCACAGCUGAAUUACGUCACAUGCAUAAAUUUUCAUCCGUUUGCCGCAAAAUUUGCAUUUAUAAAAAGAAAAUAGUUAACAAUGUAUUGUGGCAAAUGAGAGAAUGGAGACAGAAAGCAGGCAUUUUGUAGGAUUGUUAGACACAUUUUUCUGUCAUAGGUUUGGCACACAGCACACAGAUUUGACACACGAGCAGGAACAAACUUUAGACUAAUGUUGCACUUUAUCCAACAGUAUUAAAAACCUCCAAAUUUGUGAAAUGUAAAAACAAUACUGGAACUAGCCUGCACUUAGUUUACAUUAAUUUUUUGACUGACUGACUACAGUAUGACAAUGUACUGCAUAAUCAGAUGGUAUGUGCAGUGUGCAGAGACAUGCAUUUAACUUUUCUGUAUUUAUAGUAUUAUAAGAACACUCCAUCCUAAUGUUUUGAGGCCGUUGUAGAGCAGCAGUGAUGUGGAGCAUUGAUCAGACAGCCUAGUUCACUAUAUUUAGUGUGCAUUACCCAUAUGAGACAGCAGGGGUCCUUCUCCUCCUGCGUGCUCUCUUGCAGGCAGUGAUUACUUUGUUCCUGAGUACUCCCACAUGAUUUAUAAUAGGCCUGUAAUUCAAACGGCAGCACUAUUUAUCUCUGUAGCUGGUCUUUUGCUGUAUUGUUAAACCACUCAUGCACUCCAGAUUCAGGUUAAGUGGGAAGAGGAUUUCUUAGCGAAAAGCCUGCACCCUUCAUCGACAUGAUAGAUAUGAGGGCAACUGCACAUUCACUAAAGGCUUUGUAGCAACUGAUCACAUAACUGCAGUGUAAUGUAAUAAUAAACAGUGUAAUUUAAUGUCCCUCUAAAUGAGCCCAGUUAAUGUUCUCUUUCCUAGAAUAAUGUAAUAAUAAUAAUGUAAUAACAUAAUUAUCUGAUGAUGCAAUGGUGACUUCAGGCUGACAAAUAAAUAAAACAUAAAAUAAUGUAAUUACAGGUUAUGACAUCAUUAAAUCUGAGGAGUUUUAAUGCUGACAUUAAACAAACAUUACUACCUUGUCAAAUCAAAAUACUUAAAUUGCAUUUUCAACUCAUUUAGAGGGACAUUUUCCUUACUUGAUCUGAAAGAUACUACAUGUGCAGUUGCUACCAGCUUUUGUAAGGUGAGCCUUUGUAUUAGUGCAGGGUGAUGUUGUUUAUUAUCAUGAUAGCGAUAUGCAUACUUUCCAAAAAAAAUAUACUCUUUAAAAUAAUAUGGCUAAUUAAUGCAAGAUCACAUGCAAGAUAACCUAACUGAUGCUUGAAGCAAAGACAAUCAUGUGAUCAAGAUACGAUGCCACAGAUGUCAGUAAAUCACAAUAUUCAAUUAUCGCCAAGCCAUAACGCCUUUUCAGCUUGUAAUGGGAAUAUCAGCAGUAUUUUUUGCUCUCCACAAACAUGUAAAGAGCCAUACAUAGGUUGGCAUCAGUGGCUGUUACUAAGAGUGCUUUUUGUAACGAUGGUGCUGUUCACAAAAGCCAUUUUUGGUGAUGAAUGAGCUUCAACAGACCUUGGUAGGUGUGUAAAGGAGGUUUAAUUGAAUGUGUUGAGCCUUGAAUUGAGAGAUUGAAUGUUCAAUCCUAAAGGCUGAGUGCAUUUCCCAGGAUUCUCACCUGUUUACUGGACCAUGUCUGACGUGUUCGAUUGUCUGAUCUUUCCACCUCCAAGUGUGUGCCCCCCCCUCCCCACUCAUUUGGACUAAAGUUAAGCGUCACUAACAUUAUUUAUUUCAGUAAGAUACAAUGUUAAAGUCAGCGUCUCUGUUGUUCAGUUUUUCACCUGAUAUGGUUUGGCUUUCAGAGAGCCAUGCGAAGAAGACGAUGGAGAUUGACAACCUGCAGAUUCUUUGACAUGUUGAAAUGUAAAAUUUAAGACAAAGUGUUUGGUUACUGUACUCGCUUACUGUAAUAAAUUGUAACAUAUUCUUUUAAAUAAACCGAU